GACGCAAUAUGCUCGCGACAGUUGUUUGUUUCCAUGGAGCUGAUAGAAGCUAACAGCUAGAGUUUGCGGAUUAGCUUAAAGCUCGUUUGUUUGUUUGUUUUUUUGUUUGUUUGUUUUGUCACACAGCUUUCAGGAUGUCAGAAGGACAAAAUAGUGAUAAUCUCGAGACUCUGUUUUCAUUGGAGCUUUUGGUGGAAUAUAUCCGAAUCGAGAAAGAUAGUAUAGUUUCCGACGAGCUGGCGCUUGGAAUGCGACUGCUCGAUUUCCCAACGCUGCUCAUUUAUCAGCCUCAGCACAGAAGUGGUGACAUUAACCAACCCGGGGCGCAUGGAGAAGAUAAGCGGGGAGAAUACGCCUUUAACAGGGGCAAGUCUUGUUUCUUCCAAAUGAACCUGAACUCACUGCACACCCAUCUAUCCAAAACCCCUCUCUAUGCUAUGGUGCUGGAUGUGAAAGAGGAGAUGCCUAAAUUAGUUGGCUCCUCCCUGAUAUCACUGGCUAGAGUGGUGGACAGAAUCAAGCAGGAUGUGACUGAGCACGGUGUUUCUGCUCCCUCUUCACACGGAGAACGGGGGCUUGUUGGCAUGUCUAGCCUUAUGGGGGAGAAAAUUGGAUCGAUUUCCCUGAGUUAUAAACUGCUAAGUCUGGGAGCUAGUUUACUGCCACAUAUUGCAGACAGGAGGGGUCUUAAAAGCACCAGAAGGCAUGGGGGGCAACAGGUACAAGAAAGCAUCCAGUCAUUGCCCCUUGACUGUGUUGAUGUCCAUUCACCCACACUGGAAGAGUAUGACGUUGGCAGAAACAUCCAAAACGAGGGACCAGCAAAUGAAAAAAUCCUGAUAAGCGAGGACAAGCAGGAUGACGCUGCUGUAUGUUUUGCCACCGAACACAGACCAAAACCCAAAAUUCCUCAAACACUCCAAGGAACUGAAAACUAUUUUGAGGAGGAUUUAACCGUAUUCUGUCCCCCACAUCUUUACUACAGUAAUCCUGCAGAUGAAAAAUGCAAAAAUGAAGAAGGGAAUUUCAAACUAUUGACUCUAGACUCAGAAGCUUUUACAUUUGAAGACUCGUGCUCUGAGAACGAGAUGGCUGAAAAUAAUGGUCCAGGUUCUCCAAUGAUGGACCAGAGAGUGAAAUAUGAUACAAAAAUGUCAAGAAACCAAGAAACAAGUGGGGUGAAUCCAGAUGUCCUUGGGGCAGCUUUACGUCAGUUGCCUCUACUAAAUGCUCUUAUUGUUGAGCUGUCACAGUUAAAUGGCCAGAAUCCAAACCAGUCCUUGUCUGUUCAUCCCAAUCUAGCGUGGAUUUACAGGCCUUCAUCCAUAGAGCCGUCAACUGGUCACAGAGACACACCACAAAAAACGUUGCAGAAAACCAGACAGGGGAUUAAUCCCCAUUUUAAACAUUUACAUUCCUCUAGAAACUGUUCUACUCCACUAGUUAGGCCUACAUCUGUAAAAAAAACCCAAAAACAAGAUGAGGCUUUGAUUAAGAGUAAACACUCCAGUAAAUCUCCUCAGAAGAAGCUUGUUUAUGGAACCACUAAAACUUUCAAUCUAAGGCUGAAGCAAAUUUCACCUCUUAAAGCAAAACAUCGUGAAUGCAUGGGAUUAAUACAGAAUGAAACACGGGCCACAAGUAUGGCCAAAGAGAAGACAAGGUCAAAAAAUAACAUCAUAAAGCCCAGCAAAUGGAAAUCACAAUCAAAUCAGAGCUCCAGUCUCAAUGAAAAUUUUGAGACAAUGAUGCAAAGCACCACAGUGGAUUGUGCACUACAAGAAAAAACGACACUUAAAAAGAAAAACCCGCAUCGAAAAGUUCAUGAUAAGCAAGACAGAGACUCUCCGAGAAUUUCAGAAAAACCUUCCCUUUCUGAGAGAAGAGACUUGAAAUUUAUUCACAUCCCCAGUGUGGAUUGUGACAGUGCUGCCCGAAACAAAGACAAGAACGAGCAUCGCAGUGAAUCAUAUCAAUCAGAGUCUGAAUCUGACAGGCACAGAGAGAAAGUUGAAUCCUCUGGAAGCAGCAGAAACAGCAGCCCAAAGUCUUCAUUUUCAGACUCCAGUGUGGAAGGAAACAAGGAGGCAGACUACGCUGAUGACUUUAACAGUCUUGAACCCAGUGAUGGCUACUCUCCUGGCCCCAUGAGUAGCCCCGAGCCCUCUACAGCCAGAACUCCAAAGUCUCCUGUCUGCCGCGACUUCUGCAACUCUGACUCUGGCUCUGAAUCUGUCCGGAAGAGAGCAGUCCUCCCAGUGCCUGUCAAAGCCCCCAGCUCUCCACAGCGGGCUCUGAGGGGUACGCACAUCAUUCGACCUCAAACCCACGCCUCUGCCCUCAGCUUUUCCUCCGAUGACGGUGACAGACAUGGAUCUGCUUCCUUACAAACCAUAUGCUCCAGAAAGCAGAUGACAGAGAGCAGCAGAGUGGAAAGAAGCUCUGGCACGGAGAGUUUCAUAUCAUCAGGAGGUCAAAGGAGUGAGUCAACCAAGAAUAGCGGCCCACUUCGAGGAUUUUCUGCAGAAUCAAUAUCCUCCUUUGAACCACAGGAGGCAGAGGAACUGGAGGAUGAGCUUGGAUCUCUGGAUCUUAGAAAAGAGUAUCAGCAUAUCUCUGAGCUAGUGGCAAACAAACUCCCUGGUUACACUAUGUAAAUAAAAAAAUAUAAUUCUACAGUAUGGUAACAUCAAGGCUACACGUAUGUUAAGAUUCUCAGUCAUCCAGGUGAUGGUAUUCUGUAAGUGCUAUGCGAAGGCAACUGGACUUGCUUGAAGUUCUUGAAGACCUUUCGCCUCUCAUCCAAAAUGCUUCUUCAGUUCUUCUUCUCUGUGCCAGAACUGGACUUGCUUCUUCAGUUCUUCUUCUGAAAUGAAGAAGCCUUUCAGAUGGGAGACGAAACGUCUUCAAGAACUUUCAAGUAGGUCCAGCUGCCUUUGCAUAGCACUUACAGAAAAUCAAGGCUACACUAUUUCUCCUUACCAAGUGAAACAGAUGAGUAGCAGUACUGUACUGUCGCAUCUUGCAAAUAUGCACAUGUUUACAUUUUCCUUUCAGCUCCUAUAUCUGAAAACCUUUUUGAAUAAAGACAAGCUUCUUGUGGAACUAAUGUGAUUAAUUUGAUUAAUCUACGUAUUAAUCACUCAGUUAACACUAGGCUGCCAGACAUUUGCAUAAUGCAUUGGACCAUGAGUCUUUCAGUAACAUGUAAAAGGAUUGAAAAUCUCUCUAUGCACACUGUUUAUGCAAACCAUUUAACUUAAUAGCUCUUGUUUCCAAUAGAGUUGUCAAAAACUGAAAAUCUCCCACUGCUCCAAUAGCAGCUCCUGAUUUCAGAAUA